AUGGCUAGAACUUCACGAGGAAAUUGUUAUUGCUAUAAUAUUCCCAGUCGAAAGAUGCGAUAAAAGGCAGGAGUGAUAUUCUAGCUCAAUGCAUCCGUAUCCUCUAUACAGUUAAGGCUGUGAUCAGGGAGAAAAAACAUUGUAAUUGGAUUCACAUUUCUUCUGUACUAAAAUGGCAUCAAAGAACAAUAAAAACUCUGGAACAAGCUCAGACAUGCCAAUUUUAGUAAGGUGUGGUUUUGGCUUUUUGGUUUUUGUAGCUGAGUUGUUGUUGUUUGGUGUGCUUGGCCUUUGUCUCUUCUGGAUCAUUUACUACUGCGGUGGCGUAGCCUGGACCCGGGACGUUUCAAAGCAGCUUAACCUACAUUACAUUCUCAUGAUUGGUGGAUUCAUUUUUUUCAACGGACAAGCGAUCCUCGCAUACCGUUGUUUUGCUUGUUGCAAGAAGAUCUACACCAAAGUGAUCCAUUCCGGCUUCUUCGUCUUAGCCAUAUCGUCUGUCACAGCUGGCCUGAUGUCAGCAAUUAAAGCUCAUGAAGAUGCUGCAGAUAAACACUUCUACAGUUUACAUUCCUGGGUCGGCCUUGCUACCAUGGGGAUGUUUGCAUUACAGUUUAUGGUAGGGUUCGUAUCCUUCUUGGUGCUCCUCUGCUGUGACAACGCUACUAUCAAGUUUCGGCAGCGCUUGCUGCCAACACAUAUAACUUUUGGACUAAUUGUGUUUGGCAUGGCUAUUGUGACUUGCCUCACAGGUUUGAUGCAGACAGCUAGGCACACUCUAAGGUAAGACAUUUUAAUUUCACACUU